AUGACUUUUCAGGUUUGGGGGUGGCGGAGGGCAGACAUAUCCCAGGUUCCGGCUUGGGUGCCCGACGCAGAGGGCGGGAGCUGGGGAGCAAUGCAGCGCAAGACCCCGGCUACCAAAGACCCCACAGCAGUAGAGAGAGCAAACUUACUAAACAUGGCUAAACUGAGUAUCAAAGGCCUCAUUGAAUCUGCUCUCAGCUUUGGCCGCACGUUGGAUUCCGACUACCCUCCCUUGCAGCAGUUCUUUGUUGUUAUGGAACAUUGUCUGAAACACGGUCUUAAAGUAAGAAAAUCAUUUUUGAGUUAUAACAAAACCAUCUGGGGCCCUUUGGAACUAGUGGAGAAGCUAUACCCAGAAGCAGAGGAAAUAGGAGCCAGUGUCCGGGAUUUACCAGGUCUUAAGACUCCCCUGGGUCGUGCGAGGGCAUGGCUUCGAUUGGCCCUCAUGCAAAAAAAAAUGGCUGAUUAUCUGCGUUGCUUAAUUAUUCAGAGGGAUCUCUUGAGUGAAUUCUAUGAGUAUCAUGCGCUAAUGAUGGAAGAAGAAGGAGCAGUAAUUGUUGGGCUGCUGGUUGGCCUGAAUGUGAUAGAUGCUAAUCUGUGUGUUAAAGGAGAGGAUUUAGACUCACAAGUUGGAGUGAUUGAUUUUUCUAUGUAUCUAAAGAAUGAAGAAGAUAUUGGAAAUAAAGAAAGGAAUGUUCAAAUUGCUGCCAUAUUAGACCAGAAAAAUUAUGUUGAAGAGUUAAAUCGGCAACUGAACAGCACAGUCAGCAGCCUCCAUUCAAGAGUUGAUUCAUUAGAAAAGUCAAAUACUAAGCUGAUUGAAGAGUUAGCAAUAGCAAAGAACAAUAUCAUUAAACUCCAAGAAGAAAAUCAUCAAUUGCGAAGUGAAAAUAAAUUGAUUUUAAUGAAAACACAGCAACAUUUAGAGGUUACCAAAGUGGAUGUGGAAACUGAGCUUCAAACAUACAAGCAUUCUCGUCAGGGCCUGGAUGAAAUGUACAAUGAGGCCAGAAGGCAACUUCGAGAUGAAUCCCAGUUACGACAGGAUGUGGAGAAUGAGCUAGCAGUACAAGUUAGCAUGAAAAAAGAGAUUGAACUUGCCAUGAAGUUGUUGGAGAAAGACAUCCACGAGAAACAAGAUACUCUAAUUGGACUACGACAACAACUAGAGGAAGUUAAAGCAAUUAAUAUAGAGAUGUAUCAAAAGUUACAGGGUUCUGAAGAUGGAUUGAAAGAAAAAAAUGAAAUAAUUGCACGACUAGAGGAAAAAACCAAUAAAAUUACUGCAGCCAUGAGGCAGCUGGAACAAAGAUUGCAGCAAGCAGAGAAGGCGCAAAUGGAUGCUGAAGAAGAGGACAGGAAAUACCUACAAGAAUGUCUGAGUAAAUCUGACAGUCUGCAGAAACAAAUCUCCCAAAAGGAGAAACAGCUGGUACAACUGGAAACUGAUCUGAAGAUUGAAAAGGAAUGGAGGCAGACUUUGCAGGAAGAUCUUCAAAAGGAGAAAGAUGCCUUAUCUCAUCUUAAAAAUGAGACCCAACAAAUCAUUAAUCUUAAAAAAGAGGUCCUUAACCUGCAGGAUGAAAAUCAGCAGCUGAAAAAAAUAUAUCAUGAUCAAGAGCAAGCUCUUCAGGAACUUGGCAACAAGCUUAGCGAAUCAAAACUUAAAAUAGAAGAUAUAAAAGAAGCCAACAAAGCAUUACAGGGACUGGUUUGGUUACAAGACAAAGAAGCAACACAUUGCAAACUCUGUGAAAAGGAAUUCUCACUGUCCAAGCGAAAGCACCACUGUAGAAACUGUGGGGAAAUUUUCUGUAAUGCCUGCUCUGACAACGAACUGCCUUUGCCUUCUUCACCUAAGCCAGUACGGGUCUGUGACUCCUGUCAUGCAUUGCUGAUUCAGAGAUGCUCAUCUAAUUUGCCAUAAACUACAGAACUAAAUCCUUAUGUAUGGAAGGAAGUAUGCACGAUUAAUGUUUUAUGUGAACAUGUAUACAGAGUAUCCAGACAGCCCUUCUUAAAGGCAUUUUCAUCAGUAUUAGUUUAUCUUCCACAUGUCCAAAUUCAUGGGAAUUAGAAGUUGUUUUAUUCAGUAUUUCCUUCCCCAUUCAAAAAAUUUUUUCAACCUGGCAUGCUU